AUGGCUAAAGGUAAAGAAUACGACAAAUUACUAAAAAAACGCGCUAACGCAGUCAAAGCAUUACAGUAUCAUGAGAAAAAAGUGAAAGACAUGUCAAAAGACGCAUCGAAUGCCGAAGCGUUCAAUCGAAUGUCUGAAAUUGAACAUAGUUAUGAGCGUUUUAAACUGAUAAUAUCGGAAAUGGAAGAAUGCGAUGAAUUUGAUUUCAAUGAUUUAGAUCCUCCGACUGAAGAUAUUAGGGAAAUUUUCAUCACAACAAUGGCAGUUUUGAGAAUCCAUACUCAAGGUGCCGACGGGUCCUCUGUUUUAAAUUCAACCACGAAUACUCGAUCAGAAAAAAAGGUGAAACUACCGGAUAUUGUAAUACCCACUUUCGACGGAAACUAUAAAGAAUGGACAACGUUUUAUGAUUCUUUUCAUUCAUUGAUCGAUCAAGAUACCGAAUUAUGCGAUGUAGAUAAAAUGCAUUAUUUAAAAGGUUUAUUAAAGGGUACAGCAUUUAAAACAAUCAGUAAAUUACCAAUCACAGAAGCGAACUAUAAAAUUGCUUGGAAAUUAUUACGCGAACGUUUUCACAAUAAAAGAGUCAUAGUAAAUACAUGUUUAGACACAAUUUUUAGUCAAGACAAAAUCGAAAAUUUAUAUGCUUCAUCGGUGCGUACUUUAAUUGAUACAACCAAAGAGUCGCUUCAGUGCAUCGAACAAUUGGAUGUUCCUGUAGAAGAGUGGGAUGCAAUUAUCGUUUUUAUCAUCCAAACAAAAAUGCACGUUGCGUUACAAACCGAUUGGGAGAAGCAACGUUUAGAUAGCGGUAAAAUAAUGGUGUCAUUGCCAUUUGCGACUGAUCCAACCGAUUCAAACUUCUUGGUUUAUUCACGAUUUAAAGCAUUACAACGAUUGUAUCAAAUGGAGAAAAAAUUUAAAAGAGAUCCCGAAUUUCACCGCCGUUACAACGAAGAUAUUCAAGGUUAUUUAGAUUUAGGUCACAUGUCUCUUUGUAAUGAUUCAAAUGAUGGAUAUUAUCUUCCACACCACGGUGUGACACGCGAAAGUAGCACGACAACAAAGCAGCGGACAGUUUAUGAUGGAUCCGCAAAAACUUCAAACGGUUACUCGCUUAACGAUCGACUUUUGAAUGGGCCAACCAUUCAGCCCGAUUUAUUUGAUAUUUUCAUUCGCUGGCGUUUGAACAAAAUAGCGAUUGUGAGUGAUAUUGAAAAAAUGUACCGUCAAAUUCUUGUGGCCCCCGAGGACCGAAAAUACCAGAAAAUACUCUGGCGAUUUUCGGAAAAAGACCCUAUUCGUGCAUAUCACAUAAAUGUUGUCACUUUUGGCCUCAAACCAUCCCCUUUCUUAGCUAUAAAAUCCACGUUUGCACUCGCCGAUGCUGAAAAAGAAAAUUUCCCUUUAGCAGCAAAUAAAAUAAAAACUGAUAUGUACGUUGAUGAUUGCUCAAGUGGUAGCGACUCUCGUGAAACGGCCAUUCAACUGGUACAUGAAUUAACUGAAUGGGGUAAGAAAGGCGAUUUACUUUUUCGAAAAUGGGCAUCAAAUGACGAAUCAGUCUUAUCGAAUGUUCCGAUCAAACACCGAGCAAUCGAUUCAACGCUUCAACUCAACAAACACGAAGCAAUAAAAACUCUUGGCAUGAAAUGGUCUCCAAAACUUGAUCAGUUGCAAUUUACGAUUGAUUUAUCGAGUUUCUUUAAAGGAGAACGAAUAACUAAACGCAAACUUCUUUCUGACGCUUCUAAAUUGUUCGAUCCUUGUGGUCUCCUCAGUCCUAUCAUAAUAAAACCAAAACUCAUGAUGCAGCAAGUCUGGAAAUCAGGCAUUGAAUGGGAUAAACCAGUCAAUAAAGAUAUUCAACGUGACUGGAAUGAAUACAAAACUGAAUUGCCUCUUAUUGAAAAAAUCAAACUCACUCGUUGGUGUCAUACAACAUUCGAAUCAUGCACUUCACUUCACGGGUUUUGCGAUAGCUCUGAACAAGCCUACGUUGCGUCAAUCUACAUCGUUCAAACAAUUGACAAUCGUUCGAAUUCAACAUUGCUUUGCUCAAAAACACGCGUCGCACCACUUGAACCAAUGUCAAUUCCUCGAUUGGAACUAUGCGGUGCUGUUUUACUCGCAACUCUCAUGAAUAAAGUCGCGAUUAAUUUGAACAUUUCAAAGGAAAAUAUUUAUCUUUGGACGGAUUCUUCUGUGGUUUGGACAUGGUUACAAGCUCAUCCGUCUCAUUGGAAGCAAUAUGUAGCACAUCGCGUGCAAGAAAUUCAAAAUCUUUAUCCUUCCAAUCAUUGGCGACACGUUCGAACACAUGAAAAUCCCGCUGACAUUGCCACACGCGGUGUAUUAGCUAGUCAAUUAAUCAAUAAUUUUCUAUGGUUUCAUGGACCAUCAUGGCUAACGCAAAGCGAAAAGCAUUGGCCAAAAAUCUCAUUAGCUCUCCCUUCUGGAAUUGAUUUAGAAAAAAGCAAUAAAAUAAAUAUCACAUUGACUCAAGUAAAGCCAAUCGAAUCGGAUUUUCUACUACGAUUUUCAAACUUGAUACACUUACUUCGCGUCACUGCACGCAUACUACGACGAGCUCCACGUUACAGAAAGGAAAAAUCGUCCGAAUACGUAACACCCGCCGAACUUGACCGCGCAAAAUUGGUUUGGAUUAAAUACAUUCAAUCGCUGUAUUUCUCCAAAGACAUCGCCAACAUACAAACAAACAACACCAUCGAUGAUAAAAGUCAACUACGAUCACUCAACCCCAAACUCAACGCAAAUGGGAUUUUAAUCGUUGAUGGCCGACUAAGGUACGCACAAUUACCCGAAAGGCAACGAUUUCCAAUGAUUCUACCAUCGAAAAGUCAUUUCACGAAAUUAAUCAUCGAUUGGGCUCAUUUAACAACUCUACAUGGCACAAUUCAUCUGACGUUGGCUCGAACUCGUCAAGAGUUUUGGAUUUUAAACGCGCGAAACAAUGUUAAAUCGUUUAUUCAUCAAUGCAUUGAAUGUUAUCGUCAGCGCCCUGCUCCAAUGACUCAAUUAAUGGCACCUCUGCCAACGAUAAAAACGACCCCAGCACGAGCAUUCAUUCACUGUGGUUUGGAUUUCGCCGGCCCAAUCGAAAUUAAAAGCGGUGAUCGACGAAAUUCACCUACCGUCAAGGGAUACAUAUGCGUGUUUGUGUGUAUGGUUUCAAAGGCUUGUCAUUUGGAAGUGGUCAGCGAUUUAAGCACUCAAAAAUUUAUUCUCGCCAUGCGACGAUUGAUUGGUCGACGUGGCAUUUGCAAAGAUGUUUAUUGUGAUCGCGGAACGAAUUUCCAAGGCGCCAGCAACGAAUUGCCUCAACUUUUUUUGCAAGCAUCGUCUUCUGUAACAAACGAAAUUGCGCACUUAUUUGCAUCCGACGGAAUUACUUUUCAUUUCAAUCCACCAAGUGCUCCGAAUUGGGGCGGCCAGUGGGAAUCCUAUGUAAAACUCACUAAACACCAUCUUCGUCGUAUGACAACAGCGAAAAAACUCACGUAUGAGGAAAUGAGCACUUUGUUAGUACAAAUCGAAGCGUGUAUUAACUCACGACCAUUGUGCAGCAUCACAAGCGAUCCAAAUGAUCUUGAUCCGUUAACUCCCGCUCAUUUGUUAAUCGGUCAGCCACUUAAUGCGAUUCCUGAACCAAGUUUAUUGUCUCUAAAAGAUCAAACCCUCGAUCGUUUCCAAACCAUCCAAAAAUCACUACAAAUAUUUUGGAAGCGAUUUUUCACUGAGUAUUUACACACGUUGCACCCCCGGAAGAAAUGGGAGCAGCAACAAAAAGAGCUCCGAAUAAACGAUUUAGUGAUUAUCGUAGACGAUAAUACACCACCUGCAAAAUGGCUCAUGGCAAGAGUCAUCGCUAUGCACCCAAGCAAAGAUGGUCUACAUCGCGUCGCAACAUUGAAAACUAAAAACGGAGAAU